AUGUGCAGCUGGUGUUGCUGCAGUCUGUUGAACAGGAUACCGGUGAUCGCCUUCAUGGUCAUCCUAACAUGUGGGGUGGUUGUGGGCAACAUCGUCACAGUGACAGUUUUCCUCAGGUCUAGGCAGUUCCGGACCCCUCAGGGCUAUCUGAAAGUCUCCUUAGCCCUGGCUGACUUGAUGGUGGGGCUCCUGGUGGUCCCUUUCUCCGUCUACACCGAGAUCACCUUGAUGAUGAGCGGCACACUCCCAGUCUGGUACCAGGGCUAUUCGGCUACGGGGGGCGGCCGGCCCUGGCAGCCCUGCAAAUUGGUCGGCGUGGUGUUCGCUGGCUGCACCUUCGUGUCCAUCAGCACCAUCUUCUUGUUGACGGUGGAGCGGAGUGUGGCCAUCCUGAAACCUCUUCACAAGGACUCAGUCAUCACCCGGAGGAGAACGUUCCUCCUUAUCUUCCUCUCCUGGGUUACUGGCUUCCUGCUGGCCACUGCCCCUCUACUUUUCAGCGACCGCUUUGUUCUGGAAUAUAACGAGUGCAGUCGGAUGUGUAACUAUGCCUUCGUGCCCCAGGCUUCCCUCCAGUCCAGCUGGAACAUCCUGCUGCUCUUCCCUGCUUUCGACUUCAUCAUUCUGGGGAGUACCCUGGCGAUCAACGUGUUGUCAUUCAGCAGCAUUCGCCGCUACUCCAAGAAGCGCAAGUUCCUGACCGAAGUGGAGAACUUCCUGGGCUCCCUGCGCCCCUCUUUUUCAGACAUUAAAGCCGCCAAAACCAUCGCUAUCCUGACUUUAAUUUUCACCGCAUCCUUCAGCCCCGUCGCCGCCUUCGUGGUGGGCAAUGUCAUCGGUUAUCGCUGGUGUAACUUCUCCUUCUUUGCUUUUUGGAUCCUGGCUUCAAACAGCUGCUGUAAUGUCAUUAUUUACAGUGUCAGGGACCGGAGAUUCCGCAAGGGGCUGCACCAGUUAUUCCACAAAACCCUGCAUGCAUUCCCAGAAAAAAACUGA